AUGUCGAAUAUCCAGCCUGCAGCCUCUAGUAAUCUGUUACCUGAGGAGAUAGAACCAGACUUCCUAUGCCCACUGUGUGAUUAUGACACAGAAUGGUAUUGCCAGUGUGACUCCACGAAGGGUGCUGCGCUGUCGCCGCAGCGCGACUCCACGAAGGGUGCUGCGCUGUCGCCGCAGCGCGACUCCACGAAGGGUGCUGCGCUGUCGCCGCAGCGCGACUCCACGAAGGGUGCUGCGCUGUCGCCGCAGCGCGACUCCACGAAGGGUGCUGCGCUGUCGCCGCAGCGCGACUCCACGAAGGGUGCUGCGCUGUCGCCGCAGCGCGACUCCACGAAGGGUGCUGCGCUGUCGCCGCAGCGCGACUCCACGAAGGGUGCUGCGCUGUCGCCGCAGCGCGACUCCACGAAGGGUGCUGCGCUGUCGCCGCAGCGCGACUCCACGAAGGGUGCUGCGCUGUCGCCGCAGCGCGACUCCACGAAGGGUGCUGCGCUGUCGCCGCAGCGCGACUCCACGAAGGGUGCUGCGCUGUCGCCGCAGCGCGACUCCACGAAGGGUGCUGCGCUGUCGCCGCAGCGCGACUCCACGAAGGGUGCUGCGCUGUCGCCGCAGCGCGACUCCACGAAGGGUGCUGCGCUGUCGCCGCAGCGCGACUCCACGAAGGGUGCUGCGCUGUCGCCGCAGCGCGACUCCACGAAGGGUGCUGCGCUGUCGCCGCAGCGCGACUCCACGAAGGGUGCUGCGCUGUCGCCGCAGCGCGACUCCACGAAGGGUGCUGCGCUGUCGCCGCAGCGCGACUCCACGAAGGGUGCUGCGCUGUCGCCGCAGCGCGACUCCACGAAGGGUGCUGCGCUGUCGCCGCAGCGCAGUCCAACGAAAUAUCAGAGUAGCUUCAAACCAGCAUCACAUACAUUGCAUUUACAGGUUCCAAAUCCGAGCCCACAGCGUCCAUUGAUAACAAUAGAGAACGAUUUGCUGGCUGCAGAAUACCAAGAGAUGUCAAUCCAACAGUGCCCAUCUCUGCUCUCACCUAUCUGUCCGACCACGCCGAACACGCCUAUUUCGCCAAUUGCACUGAUUCCGCCUCGUCGAUGGCUGUAA